AUGAAUACAACAAGGAUCUCCAUUCAGAAUGGUGCGACGGGUAUUAUUGUGUCUGACCACGGUGCUCGUCAGCUGGAUUAUGUCCCUUCAACUAUCCAGGCUCUUGAAGAGGUUGUGAAAGCUGCACAAGGCCGAGUGCCAAUAUUCUUGGAUCGUGGGGUUCGUCGUGGCAGAUGUCUUCAAGGCAUUAGCACUGGAGCCUCUGGAAUCUUCAUUGGGCGACCUGUCGUGUUCUCGUUGGCUGCUGAGGGAGAAGCCAACAUGAGUAAAGUGCUCAAAAUGUUGCGGGACGAGUUUGAGCUGACCAUGACACUAAGUGGCUGCCGCUCGUUGAGUGAGAUUACUCUUAAUCACAUCGUGACCGAAUGA